UAUGUUGGUGCCUGGAGAUCAAUCGAUACACUGUUCUCAAAGUAUCAACGCUUCACAUUUAAUACUUUUGUAAUUUAAAAACAUCGGACGCACUGCUCCAUGAGCAGCAGGUUAGGUUUCUGAUUCUCUCUUUGCUUCAAUCAUAAGGUUGGUGAUCCCAAGCAGCGGCGGAGGGCCGGAGGAGAAGGCCUGAAUGAAUGCCGUUUAACCUGUCAGGUCCGCCACCAAAGCUCGCAUCAGUUUCAGUUUUAUGAUUCUAUCGCAAUACAAGAACUUCCGGCCUUUUUGAGAGAGGGGAGGGACGGCCGGAAGGAAAACGCGGAGCUCGGCCGGCCGGCGGUGCUGCCGAAGUGAUAUUUCUGUUAUUUGGUGGGAUAAGGGAGGGCAUUUAGUAGGGGGAGCAGCGGGGGCAGCGGAGAAAAUCCAGAGGUGGUCCUAGGGCUGUGGCAGGAGGCACAGAGAGAGAGAGGGAUCGGCCGUUGGCCCCAACCGCGUAUUAUAGCUCUCGCUGGCCCCCUGCAAAAAGUUUUCAAUUCUUACUCACUCGCUUCCCUUCCUUCACCCUUCUCAAAAAUACUCUCUCUCUCUCUCUCUAACUCGUCACAGAGAACGAAAAGGUAAAGCUCCGAAUUUUCCCCUUCUGCGCCGACCUCAAGCGGCGCACGGAACCCCACCAGUCCUACUUUUGCUUUUGCCGCUUUCAGCCGGACGACGUCCCGUAAUUCCGACGGGUCGCCGUCGACCACUGGUCAGGAAGGAGAAGUGUGGAGGAAGAGUGCAGAUAGAAGGGGGGGAGAGAGAGAGAGAGGGUAGAGAAGGCUCGUGGCCGAGAAUUGGUCGGCCACGGGGAAGGGGGGAGCGUUGCACAAGGAACGAGCUGCAUGAGAUUGCCUCGUUCAUGGACACCGCUUCCUGAACUCGGGCAGCCUCGGGUGCCCGCACUGGUCGCCCAGCAAAUUGAUGCCCACUUCCGCCGGAGAGAGAUAUUCUCGAGAUCAGGGUGGCGAGGCAGGGUGGUGGCGGCGGUGGAGACAGACGGUUGUGGGGCAUCCCUCCGGAGCUAUGCCUCGGCUUUAAUGGCGGAGGCGGUGGAGGCGAUGGUGGCGCUGGCGCCGCGGGAGGAUGGUUCAGACCGGUGGGGUACGGCUUCUCCGAGAUGGGCAUCCGAGGAUUCCAGCCCCUGAGUGGCGGAGUCUCGGCCGCCCCCGCCACGGCGCUGCCACUUUACGAGCAGCCGAACCUAGCGGCGGCGCAGCAGCCACUGCAGUUCCGGGACGUCGUCGUCGUUGGCUCCGCGACGUUCCACCACGCCGCGGCCGAGUCGGUCAUCUCGGUCCAAGCCCCCGGCCAAGGCGGGGUCUUCCCUCUCCGUGGUGCACUCGAGGAUGACCGGCGCCGCACGGGAGGAGGCGCCGAGAAGCGGCCUGAAGUAGGGCCAGAGGGGAUUGCCAGCGCGGCUGCUGCGGCCGGAGCGAGAGCUCGGCAGGAGGUGCUCGGCCGUGUGGGGCACGUGGGAGGCAGCACGUGCCAGGAUUGCGGCAACCAGGCGAAGAAGGAUUGCCAGUUCCGGCGUUGCCGGACGUGCUGCAGGAGCCGGGCUUUCGAGUGCGCCACCCACGUCAGAAGCACUUGGGUGCCCGCGGCUAGGAGAAGGGAGCGGCAGCAAUCGGAAGCUGCGUUCGCCGCUGCCGUCACCGCCGCUGCCACGGCUGGGGGCGGUGGCUCCGCUGGACUUUUCGGCUCGGCGACCGCCGAGCAGCAGCAGGAGCAGCAGCGGCAUCCGGAGGAGGAGGCCAAAGGAUCGAAACGGGCUCGAGUGACCGCGCUGGCUGUGUCCCAUGGUUCUACCUCCGCUAAUAGCUCUGACAUCAGUUCGGCUCAACAAGAUUUGAGCUUUAGGUCUGGUUUGCCUGGACAAGUUCGGACACAAGCUGUCUUCAAAUGUGUUAGAGUUAGUCCCAUUGAUGAUGGGGACGUUGAGUAUGCUUAUCAGGCGGUUGUGAAGAUUGGUGGGCAUGUCUUUAAAGGCGUGUUGUAUGAUCAGGGGAGUGACACUGGAGAGUUGCCAGAAUUUUCUGAUCUCCAGUUGAGUGGGCACAAUUUGAAUGUAAACACUACUUCCUCGAUCAUGGAUCAUAUUCAUGGCUAUGGUGGUGCUUCUGGGAGUGGCUUCAUUGAUGGUGCAGGCUAUGUCGCCGGAAACUCGGUUAACUAAUAAGUAAAAUAAGGUAUAUUGCGAUGUAAAGGUGAGAUCAGCAAUUGUAAUUUAUUGAUUUGGUAGUUGCCAUCUUCUUUGGUUGCUAUCAUCUUCAAUGUAUGUAUCUUAGCAUUGGACAGCAAUUAGGCAUCCUUGAUCUCCUUGCUUUUCUAUGUAUGGUCUAAUCCCUGUUUUUGAGUGAGUGCAUGCCCUGGUCGGAAGUCUUUGACAGCUGCGGCAGAUAAUAAUGGUGGUGGGCAGAUCAUACCUGUACCAAUCACUGUUACCUAUCAUCCAUUUGAAUUAAAAAUUGUUUAUAA